AUGAUGGGAUUCAAGAAGAAACUGACCUCGUUCUUACCGUCCGAUGCGACAAAUCGACUACAGAACGUGUUAACGGUCGAAUGGGAAGGUCAGGGUAAAACUGUUCUCGUGGAAUUACCAGAUACCGCCCGGAACGAGAACAACGAAGUUGAGAUGGCGGGUUUGACAUCGAGUGCAGGAGGUUAUGGGAGAUUGAAUGAUGACGAUGAGGAUGAAAGGUCUUACUCUCGACCUUCAAGAUCAGCUUAUAAUCAAAACUACGACAACCCAUAUCAAACAUCAUCUCUAUCAUCUUCAUCAAAACAUAAGAAACAUCCUUCCUACUCGUCCAAAACUCUUCCUCCCAUCCCUCCAUCCAAUAGUAGCAAAGUAGGCAACGUCAAUCGUAACCCUUUCGAACCGGAGUAUCAUUCCCCUCAACCAUCCUCUUCUUCCACCUAUUCAUACUCGUCUGGAUCUGGGUCGUCGCCAUAUACCGUAUCGACCUCUCAAUUUGGUGCUCAACAAGCAUACAAUCAAGGGAAUGGUAGUCUGAACAGGAUUGGAGAGAAGAAACCAAUGCCUAAUCCCUGGGGGAAUAAAUACAGGGAGGAUGAUAUUGAUCUAUUGGGUGAUAUCGGUGGAGGAGAUAUACAUAGCUCAACGACAACCUCAUACUCUCGGGAUGAGUUGAGAGAUACUAGGGACAAUUACGAUAGUCUUGAGAAUCCCUUCAGGUAG